UGCGCACUUCCCAUUGGCUGAGGCGCUGGCACUGACACAGCUACAACCUGCCUGACUGCUUUUCUCUCUUGUGCCUCGGGCUUGUUUUACUAUUUGUUCCUAGAAACGUCCUGAUACACAGACAACAGUGAGGAUACCACGUGCGUCAGUAAUGUGUAUUGUGUACCCCCAUCUUUGCCACUGAACACAUCACUGCUGUUUAUAAUCUGCGUUUGAUUUAUCACCGGUCUCUUUCACUGCCCCUCGGCAGGGGGCGCCAGCGCGCGCCUUUACAUUAAUACACUAAACAGGGAACUCCUCUGGAUUAAGGAAGGAGGAGACUUGCCUCAGGACUGGGCACAAACACUGACUGACUGGCAAACGCACCCUCUGCUCCAGCAUGCAGCCUCUCUGCCAAGGAAUAUGCUCGCCACCAGGCAACCUGCCCAGCCUGGCAAUCUGCUGGACUCCCCAAUUGGGUGCAGCACAAUAACUCCUGACUGUGAGCACUGCACUUCUUCUGUACUCCUGCUCUGCUCUCACUGUAUUUAAGUGACAUUUCACAAUGGCAAUCCCUUCAAGCAGCAGCAGCAGAUGUAUAUUCUCUUGUACCCCCUUGUUCUUUUACAUGAAGGUGCCAAUAUAGUGUGACCUGGAGUUCAUAUCAUCAUUUCUGCAGUAGGAGAGUGACUGGGCACUGCUGGGCACGAUUCUUUUCCAUGCUGUGUUCUUUCUCUGCCCGUGGGAUCUGUGAAUGAGAAUAACAAUAGGACAGCAGCUGCGGAAUCCCUCUGGUAUGAGGCACAGGAACAAGAUGCACUUCUUCAGGAGCUACUCCUAUGAGAUUCAGGUGGAGCACAGAGUCGAUAUUCACAGCCACAUCCAAGGCAUCAGAUGGACGCCGUUACCUAAUAUCGAAUCUCAGGAAGAAUACAGCCAGACUGUAAAACAGGUGGUAACAUUUAAAGUCUGGAGGGCAGCAAAGGUUUUGCACACUUACCUGCUUACCAUGUCUCCAGCCAUGAUGCGUGACAGGAAACACCAUUUCCGCAGCCAUCGACAAUGCUGCUCAGGUAAAGAGCUUGUUGACUGGUUACUGGGCAUCAGCCAUGGCCUGCAGUCCCGAAGUCAAGCCUUGGGAAUAUGGCAAGUGCUGGUGGAUGAAGGAGCUCUUGUUCAUGUCAGACAAGAACCCAAUUUCCAGGAUAAAGACUCUCAGUUUUAUCGAUUCACGAGAGCGGAACCAUAUGUUGACCCCCUGCUGAGUGACAGAGAUACAGAAGAAGAAAUGCAAGAGUCUCUGGUAUUCCUUUCACAGUUGGGACCAGCUGCGCUGCUAACCAUGAUUCUACGCAAGCCUCCUUGCCAGCGCACUGAAGAAGAGCUGGAAGUGAUAUUUGAGGAGCUACUGCACAUCAAGGCGGUGUCCCAUCUUUCCAACUCGGUGAAAAAGGAAUUGGCUUCUGUUUUGAUAUUUGAGUCUCAUGCGAAAGCUGGUGCAGUGUUGUUCAACCAAGGAGAUAAAGGCACCUCCUGGUAUAUUAUAUGGAAAGGUUCUGUCAAUGUAAUUACACAUGGGAAGGGUUUGGUUGCUACACUUCACGAGGGAGAUGAUUUUGGGCAAUUGGCUCUUGUGAAUGAUGCCCCCCGAGCUGCUACCAUAGUUUUGCGAGAAGACAACUGCCAUUUUCUACGUGUGGACAAACAUGAUUUCAAUCGGAUUCUUCGGGAUGUAGAAGCUAACACAGUGCGACUAAAAGAACAUGAGAAGGUGGUAUUAGUUCUGGAGAAAAAUCCACAGAUAUCAACUGGAAACAACCUACAACAUGCAGCAGCCUCCAACCUAAAGUACACUGUCAUGUCUGGGACAUCUGAUAAAAUCCUGGAACACUUACUAGAGACUAUGAAGCUUGAUUCAUACUCAGGAGACUCCUUUGCAGGUGAUUUCCUCUUAACUCACAGUAUAUUCAUGCCAACAACACAGCUGUGCCAAGCUUUGCUUCACCAGUUCAACAUGGAGCCAUCAGAAGUGAAUGAACCAGAAAAGGCAACCUAUUCUCUUCAUAAGCAGCAGAACAUCUUGCACCUUGUUAGCCUGUGGGUAGCUCUGUAUGGGAGGUUACUGGAGGCUGAAUCAAGUGCCAAGAGCUUCCUAGAGAAACUUUCAGAACAUGUUAGCAGAGAUCCACGUCUCCUUGCCUUUUGGAGAGAGAAUCUUCAGGAUAGGCGGAAAAUCAGAACAUUGGAGGUGAGCAGUUGGAAUCACUCUCCCCAAAUAAAGAUCAACAGCUAUGGGAACCUUUUUUCCAAUAUGGAGGAGGAUGCAUCCAGUAACACAUAUACUAUUCAAGCCAGUGACAAAGUGCCUUAUGAUAUUUACCGACUGGACCACUCAUGUAUCACCACAAUGCUGCCUGUGAAUGCCUCUGUGCAAGAGGUGAUAUCGUCAUUAGCAUCAAAGAAUGGAUAUAACAGAGAUCAGAUUGUAGUCAAAGUAAACUCAAGCGGAGAGAGGGUCUGUCUGAAACAGGAGGAGACUGGUGUAUUCACUUCUUUGGGGCUCAAUGAAAGGCUUUUCAUCUGCUAUACUCAUGAACUGAACACUGUGACCCCCCUUCCUGAACAACUGGGACCAAACACCAGCAGCUUUGAUAUUCUGGAACUGAUCAGCUCCAAGGACCUGGCACAUCAGAUGACAGAUAAUGAUUGGAACCUGUUUACGAGCAUUCACCAGGUGGAAUUGAUCUAUCACACCUUUGGGAAGCAGAGGUUCCGUAAUGAGACUACUGCUAACCUUGAGAGGUUCAUGAGGCGCUUCAAUGAAGUACAGUUCUGGGUGGCUACUGAGGUGUGUCUGUGCCAGGAGGAAGAGCGGAGAGCACAACUUCUGAAAAAGUUCAUCAAACUGGCGGCCUACCUCAAGGAACAGAAAAAUCUGAACUCCUUCUAUGCGGUGAUGUUCGGUCUCAGUAACACAGCCGUCAGCCGCUUAUCUAGAACUUGGCAAAAACUGCCAAACAAAAUAAGAAAACUCUAUUCAAUAUUUGAGAGGCUCAUGGACCCCUCAUGGAACCACCGAUCUUACAGACUUGCUGUAGCAAAACUAAGUGCCCCCCUGAUCCCAUUUCUCCCACUCAUCCUUAAAGACCUCACUUUCUUACAUGAAGGAAAUAGAAGCAUGUUGGACAACCUUGUCAAUUUUGAGAAAAUGCGCAUGAUUGCAAAGACAGUGCAGAUGUUCCACAGCUGCCGCAGCCAGGCUUAUAUUCCUCUGUCACCUUUGAGAACCCGACCUGUACACAUCCUUGAGGAUCCUAGUGCUGCCCGGAUAUCUACAUGUUCAGAACACUCUAUGACGCUAAGAAGCCCAGCUACAACAUGGGCUUAUAUUCAGCAUAUGAAAGUGAUUGAUAAUCAGAAGAAACUGAUGGAAUUGUCCCGUAGCCUGGAGCCUGCAUCUUCUGCAUGAUCAUUAUUUAAGAGAAAGACAGAUUUGAAAUAAGAUAAACUGCAACCCAGUCCCUGUAUCAGGGUAAAGAUUAGCAGGACACCAUUGUAUUGGCACUCCAGCUCUUGGAUUGUAAUAUCUCCAUUUUUCCCAGCAGUAUUUUUUAUGUUUUUUCUCUGACAUUGGAGAUGUUUAUUCUAAGGAAUACAGACUGCCAAGAAACCAUCAACAUCAGACAACGAAUUAACUGAAAUGUUUGUUGCUGCUUAAAGCACCUCCAGAUAGAACCUGAGCUACGUCUUCCAUUUCAUUAACCGUGUUCUAUGGUGGGACAAUGAAUAUUGCCCAAAUCUACAUGAAGUAAUCCAGAUCUUUCAGGGAGGACUUUGCUAAGGAACAAACAACCUAAACAGUGAUACAGUUGAAGAGCUACAGAACAGCCAAGGAAUGUGCCCUGAUUUUAAAAACAUAAGAAAAUGAUACCCCCACUUGGUUGGACAAAAACUUGAUAAACAAGAAUUACCCUUUACCCUAAUUAACUGUUAUGUAGACUGUAAAUAUUUUGUCAACAGAAGGUAUAUAUUUUU